UCCCGACUACACCGGAUCUCGCCCGUAUACGGACAGGACGUCAAAAAAAGCCAUCACGUCAUUGAACAUCACUCACCAUCUUCCCUCCCCGCCAACGAGAAGCAUAGCAAACGCCACGCAAAAGUGAGCUGUUGGGUUGUCGCCUUCGGUCUAAAGCACAGACAAGAAAUACAAUAGUCGGACGAAGCUUCCCCUCGGACAGCUCUUUCUGCCUUUUACAUCUCGUCUGUUUUUUUGUCCGCCGCACCAUAAUCCUGUCCAGCAACGGUUCGACAGCAAGUUCGACCUACUAAGAUCCAACCUCUUCCUCACCUACAUCGACGGUCGCAAAGAACCACCUUCCCAUCUAGGGACAACAUCACAGCCAUCAAGAUGGCGGACUCUGCAGGCGACUUUCACAUCCUGCCCUAUCCCGUCGACACACUCGACAAGAGACAAUAUUACAACGAAAUCUGUACCUCCGGCCAAAUUUACAGAAACGGAGCAUGCUAUGAGCGCGGCGCAUGGUACUGGUGGGGACGCUGGGUCCUCGCCGCCGUCGUCGUCGGCAUCGCACUCCUGAUCCUCAUCUUCUGCAUGAACUCUCGCCGUCGCAGAAAGCGCGGCGUCCAGCCCUUCUACGGCACCGGAUGGAUGAGCAACAACAACAACAACAAGCACAAUCAGCAGGGCACCUACGCCUACAACCAGCCGUACAAUGGUCAGCAGCAAGGGUAUGCGGGCUACCCCCAACCGGGCGGAACCUACCAGAACCCGCCGCCGGCCUACGGACAGGCGCAGCAGCAACCUCAAUACACCGGCACCACGUUCAACCCUAAUGAUGGAUACUACGGCGGCCACAACGAGGGUAUUCACCUGCAGCAGCCUCAGAACGCCUACCAGCGCGAUUCGUACGCGCCGCCUGCUGGUCCGCCGCCCGGAAAGUAGACGGGAUGAAGAUGAUGGUGGGGUUUUCUGAGGCGGGGAAGGGUUCGAGGCGGAGAGGCGUGAAACUUCUUUGACUGCUAUGAG